ACGCAACUUCGAAUUUAAAAAACAAUUGAAUUUAAUACAAAAAAGAAAAAACAUUUUUGGGUACAGUGAAGGAGGGUGAUAUGGUCAUUUCGUAGCUUCUCCAUGAGUCCACCACCGUACCUAAACAAUUCUUCACAACGUCAAAAAGUAGGAACACAGAGCUGAAACGCCUGUAGAGAGAGAGAGAGAAGGAGAUAGAUAGAUCUAGAAUGAAGAAGAUGAGCUGAGCUAUGCCAAGCGGAAGCUCAUUAGGCGAACUACUAUUCUUUCAGGUUACUUACCUAUUGCUUUGGCCAGUGAAGUAUGUUCUGUCUCCAUUUUGACCUUCAUUGACUUGAGGAAAUUGGUAUACUCUUAGCAUUGAGAGCGCCUCUGAACUUGCAACAUUCUGGUUUGGUGGUGGUGGUGUGUGUAAUUUUUUGCUUGGGAAAAAAUGGCUGCUUUUGCGAAUGCUAACACUAAACGAUAUUCUUGGUGGUGGGAUAGUCACAUAAGCCCCAAGAACUCUAAAUGGCUUCAGGAGAAUCUUACAGAUAUGGAUAGUAAAGUCAAGCAAAUGAUCAAAGUUAUUGAAGAAGAUGCAGAUUCCUUUGCUAGGCGAGCAGAGAUGUAUUACAAAAAGCGGCCUGAGCUUAUGAAACUUGUUGAAGAGUUCUACCGAGCGUAUCGUGCUUUAGCUGAAAGAUACGAUCAUGCCACCGGCGUCAUUCGUCAUGCUCAGCAGACUAUGGCAGAAGCUUUCCCGAACCAAGACCCCAUGAUGUUUGGUGAGGAGUCGCUUGUCGGUCCAUCCACGGAAGAGUUUGAUCCACAAACGCCUGAGAGUUACCCUCCUAUCCGAGCUCCGGUUUACCCCAGUGACUUGAAAAAAGGUGCAUUGGGGAUCUCUUCCUCUCAUAUGAGCACUGUAAAGAGAAAUAUAGCCUUCAUGGAAGAUCCUCAAGGCUUGAAAAUUGGAAAGGCGAGAAGAGGGUUGAACUUCAAUGAUGCUGAUGGAAACGGAAGAAAUGCGAAGGUUCUUUCGGAAUCUGAACGUGCUAGCAAAGCUGAAGCUGAGAUCGUGGCUUUGAAAGAUGCUCUUGCGAAAGUGCAGGCUGAAAAGGAAGCUAACUUAGCUCAGUUUGAUCAGAAUUUGGAGAGGCUGACUAACAUGGAGUCUGAGGUAUCUCGUGCACAAGAAGACUCCAGGUGUUUUUGUGAACGAGCCACAAGAGCUGAAGCUGAGGUCGAAACGCUCAGAGAAACGCUUAGCAAACUAGAAGUUGAGAAGGAGUCUAGUCUUCUUCAAUAUCAGCAAUGUCUAGAAAACAUAGCUGAUUUGGAAGAGCGUAUUUCUCUAGCUCAGAAGGAGGCUAAUGAGAGAGCCAGCCAAGCUGAAGGUGAGAUUAUAGCGUUGAAGCAAAGCCUUGUUGGAUUAGAAACUGACAAGGAAGCUGCUCUUGUUCAAUAUCAGCAAUGCUUGGAAACCAUAUCUAACCUAGAAGAGAGGCUGCGCAAGGCUGAGGAAGAUGCGAGGCUAAUCAAUCAGCGGGCAGAAAAUGCUGACGGUGAAGUUGAAAUCUUAAAGGAGAAGGUCUCCAAGCUGACUCAAGAAAACGAAGCUUAUGAGCUUCAGUACCAACAGUGUCUGGAGACGAUUGCGGAUCUAAAGCUCAAGCUGUUCCAUGCUCAAGAAGAAACCCAAAGACUUAGCCGUGAAAUAGAGGAUGGGAUUGCUAAGUUAAAAUUCGCAGAGGAAAAAUGUGUUGUGCUCGAGAGAUCAAACCAGAAUCUGCACUCUGAGCUGGACGGUCUAUUGGAGAAACUUGAGAACCAAAGUCAUGAGCUCACGGAGAAACAGAAAGAGAUGGGGACAUUAUGGACUACUGUACAAGAAGAACACUUGCGUUUCGUGGAGGCUGAGACGGCCUUUCAAACCCUGCAGCAAUUGCACUCUCAGUCUCAGGAGGAGCUAAACACUUUGGCGUUGGAAUUGCAAAACAAGUCUGAGAUCCUUAAAGAUUUGGAGGCGUGUAACAGUGGUUUAUUGGAGGAAGUCCAAGAAGCCAAAGAGGAGAGCAAAAGCCUCAAUGAGCUCAACCUCGCUUCAGCUGCAUCCAUUAAAAGUUUGCAGGAGGAGGUCUUGAGAUUACGUGAGACGAUACAGAAACUUGAGGCGGAAGUUGAAUUGAGAGUGGACCAGAGGAAUGCUUUGCAGCAAGAAAUAUACUGUCUUAAAGAGGAGUUAAGCCAGAUGGGAAAGAAACACCAGUCCAUGGUAGAAGGCUUUGGAUCUUCUAUCAAGGAGCUGCAGGAGGAGAACUCAAAGCUAAAUGAAAUAAAUGAAAGAGAGAGUAUCGAAAAGAUAACCUUGCUUGAGAAGUUAGAAUUGAUGAAAGAGCUUGUUGAGAAGAAUCUUCUUCUAGAGAACUCCAUAUCAGAUUUGAACUCUGAGCUGGAAACAAUCAGAGGGAAGCUGAAGACAUUGGAGGAAGCUUUUGCAGAAGAGAAAUCAGGGCUUCAUUCUGAGAAGAACAUGUUGGUUUCCCGUUUGGAGAGUGCUACAGAAGACAGCAAGAAGCUCUCUGAGGAGAACAGGUUACUGGAGAAUUCUCUUUUCGAUGCGAAUGCAGAACUUGAAGAACUCAAGUCAAAACUGAAAAGCCUAGAAGACUCAUGCCACUUGCUGAGUGAUGACAAGUCAAGUUUAGUUGGUGAAAGAGAAAGCUUACUCUCUCGUAUGGAUAUAAUGAGGAAAAACAUUGAGGAUCUGGAGAAAGAACAGGCAGAGUUAAAAGUGAAAGUGUUGGAAUCAGCGACCGAGAAGGAGUCUUGCCUUCAGAAAAUUGAAGAGCUGGGAGUGUCUCUAAAUACCAAGGACAGUGACUAUACUAGUUUUGUGCAACUGUCUGAGAGUCGGAUGAAUGGGAUGAAAUCAAAGAUCCAUCAUCUUCAAGAUGAAAAUCAACGCAAGGAGAGAGUGUAUCAAGAGGAACUGGAUAGAGCUCAUGACGCUCACGUUGAGAUUAUUGUUCUGAAGAAAUGUUUUCAGGAGUGGCUUGAGAAGAGUUCCUCCCUCGUUGCUGAGAAUCAGAGUCUCAAACAAGCUGCUCAUCUGUUGGAGAAGCUAGUUUCUGAACUAGAACAGGAAAAUAGUGGGAAACAAGUGCAGAUUGAUUCCUCGGUUGAUUGCAUUAAAGUACUGAGAACGGGGAUCUUCCAGGUAUUAAUGAAGCUUGAAGUUAUCCCAGGUUUUGAUUUUGUUGAUGAGAACUCACAAGACCAGAAAAAUAUUCAUGAGAUGUUGAGUAGACUUGAUGAGAUCCAAGGUAUGCUUUUGAAGAUUCAGAGAGAAAACCAUCAGGGGACUAUAGAGAACCUCGUCCUUGUUGAGUUUAUCCGGCAGCUGAAAUCAGAAGCUGUUGGUCUUGCAACAGGGAAGAAAGUCCUUGAAAAAGAAAAUGAAUCUCAGCGUUCCCAGCUGUUGCUUUUGCAGGAUGAGAUCCAGAAGCUUAUAUGCAUGAAUGGAGAAUUGAACACAAAGGUUAAUCAAGGAGUUGACAGAGAAGAAGUCUUGAAGGUGGAAGUUGAGGAUGUGCACAGGCAAGUCUUGCAACUUCGAAAUGACUACGUCACUUUGCAGGGAGAGAAUUACAAAACGUUGGACGAUAAAAGACGCUUGACAAAGUCAACACUGCGGUUGGAGGAGGAGAAACGUAAACUAGAAGAUGAUAUCUCUUUGCUUCUUUCCGAGACCAUAUACCAAAGCAAUCUCAUUAUUCUUUUGGAGAAUCUCGUUUUGGAAAAACUUUCAGAAGCAGUGAAACUAAACGAGGAUUUGGACAUGCUCAGUUUUGUCAAGUGCAAGCUCGAGGAAGAGGUGAGGGAGGUUGGUGAUAAGUUGAAAUGUAGAGAAACUGAGAACUUGCAGCUUGGAAGUUUGCUAGAGAAAACGGACGCUGAACUGCUCUCUGCCAGAUCAGCCAAUGAUCAGCUGGAACAUGAAAUUGCUGAUGUGAAGGAUGAGUUGGUUCAGAAGGAGAAAGAGCUCCUAGAAGCUAUGCUGAUGAUCUCCGUCGUGCAGAGUGAAAAAUCUGAACUAUCCAAGGCAGUGGAGGAUUUAGAAUGUAGAUACAAGGAAGCUAAAGCUAUAGAGGAAGAUAAAGAUAAGCAGGUUUUGAAACUCCAAGGCGAUUACGAGGAGCAGGUUAAGAAGACUGGUCAUGCAAACGAAGCUAAUAUGAAACUGGAAGCUGACUUGUUGAACUUGCUCAUGGAACUCGAAGGAAUCAAAGCGGAGAAGGAAAAACUAAACCGGGAGCUUUCCAAAGAGAAGAGUGAGGUUGAAGUAUGGGAGUCUCAAGCUUCAACGUUGUUUAGAGAUUUGCAGAUUUCAGCUGUUAGUGAAACAUUGCUGCAAGGGUUGACUUAUGAGCUAGCGGAAGCUUAUAAUAACCUUGAAAAUAGAUGCACACUAAAAGACGUGGAGAUUGACCAACUGAACCAAAAGCUUUCCAAAGAGAAGAACGAGGUUGAACAAUGGGAGUCUCAAGCUUCAACACUGUUUGGAGAUUUGCAGAUUUUAGUUGUUCAUAAAACAUUACUGGAAGGGUUGGUCCAUGAGUUAGUGGAAGCCUACAAUAACCUUGAGAGUAGAUGUACACGAAAAGACGUUGAGAUUGACCAGCUUAAAGGAAGAGUGAACAACUUAGAGGAUGCUAACAAAGGACAAGAAGAUCUUAUGAGGAAAUACUUCCAAGCUAUUAUAUUGUUGAAGGAAAGCAUAGAAUCUUUAGAAAAACAUAUUGACAUGCCACAUGAACUCGAGGAUGAACCACCCACGGACACUGCUUCUAUGGUGGAUAACAACAAGGAGGGCUUCUUAGAGUUGGAAGAAAUGUGUUUGAGAAUAAAAGCUAUUGAAGAGGCCUUAACCAAGAAGCUCGCAGUGGAAGAACUAAGAACAUCUGCCCGAAGAAGCAGAAGGAGAAGCGGAAGUCUCCGGAAACAGAACAAUGAAAUCUAUUCACAGGAAAGUGAAAUGAUCACCAAAGAUAUUGUCCUCGACCAGGUCUCUGAUUGCUCAUCAUAUGGGAUUAGCAAGAGAGACAUUCUCAAGAUAGAAGAUGAUCACAGUUUUGAGGCACAGACGGGUAAGUCCUUGUCCGAAGAGUCACUUGUUGUGGACAAACUAGAGAUCUCCGACAGGUUCACGGACCCAAACAAAGAAGUAAACAAGAGGAAAGUCCUCGAGCGGCUUCAUUCUGAUCUACAGAAGCUCUCGAAUCUUCAUAUAGCCGUGGAGGAUUUGAAAAGCAAAGUGGAGAGAGAGGAGACAAGCGAGAAAGGGAAAGAAGACGAAUACGAAGCCGUCAAGGGACAGAUCCACGAAGCGGAGGAAGCCUUGGAGAAGCUUCUAAGCGUCAACAGGAAACUAGUAACAAAAGUCAUAAGCGGGUUUGAGAUAUCAGACGGAAGCAAAUCUUCAGUGGAUCUUGAUGAGGACGAGAGGAGCAGAAGGAGGAGGAUAUCGGAGCAAGCGAGGAGAGGUUCGGAGAAGAUUGGGAGGUUGCAGUUUGAGAUACAGAGGUUACAGUUCCUGUUGCUGAAGCUAGAAGGAGAAAGAGAGGAUCGAGCUAAAGCUAAGACUUCGGAUAGUAAAACGAGGACUCUUCUUAAGGAUUAUAUCUAUGGAGGAGUGAGGGGUGAGCGAAGGAAGAGGAUCAAGAAGCGGUUUGCGUUUUGCGGGUGUGUGCAGCAACCGCCUCCAUCUCCUUGAUCGUUUUUGAAUUGUGGAGUAAAACGUAACAAUAAUGGAAGUGAAUUCAAGUUUUAUAUAUACAUGAAUCAAAAACAAAACACCUUCGGUAGUA